ACAGUAACAAACAUUGUAGGGGACUUGAAGAAAACAAUGCUGAAAAUGGAGACAAUAAUGAUUUUCCAAUUCUUUCUUCUAAUCUGCUCUUUUUCCACAGCUCUGCUUCAAUCAGAGAAUGAAAUAAUUUCAAAUUUAAGGCAAACUGAAUCACAGACUGAAGGUACAGGAAGUCUCUCUGACCCCCAACAAAGAUGUACACAGGACAUCAAUGCUGUGCUGAGAGAGAUGAGUACCUCUUUGGGUGGACUCAAAGUUGGCAUGGAGUACUUACAGAGAGAUAAUGAAGCUAAGACAAAAGAAAUAGAGUUGUUAAAAGAACAGGACCAAGCCAAGACAAAAGAAAUAGAGUUGUUGAAAGAACAGGACCAAGCCAAGACAAAAGAAAUAGAGUUGUUGAAAGAACAUGACCAAGUACAAACAACAAAAGUAAGAAAGCUUGAGCAGCAGUAUCAAGCUCAGGCUGAAGAACUGAUCUCUGUAAAAGCCAGGGCAAACAACACUGAGGACCAAGUGGAGGUUCUGAGCAAGGAAGGAAAAGAGAAACGAGUGGCUUUCUCUGCUUCCCUGCUGGCCUCAGGUGGAGGAAAUAUUGGACCAUUUAACACACAUACACCUCUAGUCUUCAGGAACGUUGUUGCAAAUAUUGGCAAUGCCUACAACCCAGACACAGGUUUUUUCAUUGCACCUGUGAGAGGAGCCUAUCACUUUGAGUUCUACUUACAUGGAAAUGGACAUGCGUCACUUGGUACAGGUGCUGUGUUGGUCAAGAAUGGAAAUCCUGUUUUCAUUGCAUGGGAACAUCAGCCUUCUUAUUCUGUUAACCCAUCAAAUGGUGUCACAUUGCUGUUAGAGAUUGGAGAUGUUGUAUUAAUGAAUCUAUGGCAAAACGCAAGAAUUUAUGAUGAUCACAAUCAUCAUACCACCUUUAGUGGUCAUUUGCUUUUUACUAUGUGAAAAACAGUCCUUGUUCUAUUAUGUUCUCAAAUGUCACAGGAGGUCUCAACAGGAGAACCUAACUUCAAUAACCGCAUGCAAUACUGUGUCUUUUCACUGUAAAAAUGCUAAUAGAUUUUGUCUUAACUUUAAAAUGCAAUGAAGUUUUGUGGAAUGUAGACUUUCAUUUUGUCCUUUUGAAACCUUUAUUUUUAUAAACUAUUGAUUUCAGAAUAAAAUGGUUUAUUCAAUGGUCUAAAUAUGAAUGUUGUAUGAAUAAUUUCUAUGAAAAUGUUUAAGGAAUACUUGUAGAAAUUUACAAAGUUGCACACAUUGUUUGUACGUAGAUUAUCGUGUACUAAUAAGAAUUUUAUGAAACCAGGUUGAACUGUUUUUCAGCUUUAUUUGUCUCAUUAAUAUAAUAAAAUACAAAAAUAAAGUCGUACAGUUUUAAAGUUCCCUUUUACUCAAGAUUUUUGGUUUAAGAAACAUUGUAGAAUUGAGAUUUUUGACUGAUACCAAGAGAUUUUUUUG